GUCAAGUCGACAACCAUUCCGUUCUUUUACAACCUUUCUUCUUCCGCUCUCUUCUCCCACAUUCCUUGCUUGAUGGUCUCCUUCCUCCACCUUCCUCUCCCAUUGUGUCGCAUGUGGACCCCAACCCCUUCCUCACCAGUAUGUUUCCCAUAAUACCUCGCAAACCAUUCUCACCCAAAACGUUCCGCACCCUUUGCACCCCGUCCCCAGACAACCCUGUCCCUCCUCUCCACACCCACCAAUGGCGCACUUUCUGGUCCGCUCCCAUCCACCAUUCUGUCCGUUCUUUAUGGUUCCGCGCUCUUCACAACAAGCUGUCGUGUCGCUCCGUUCUACACCAAACUGUCCCUACCAUCUUUCCUGACGGGUCCUGCCCCAUAUGCGGUGACAUCAAGGAAUCUACAUCUCACUUUCUGUUCACUUGUCCCCCAAAGUUCUCCGCCUGGACUAUUUUUUGGUCAACCCAUUUUGGCAACGUGCCCUCCAUGCAAGACAUUCAUUCUGCUCUUUUUUCCUUCCGUCUCCCGCCAUCCCUCACUCCAGACAUUCCCACCGUUUCUCUUGUCAGCUGUAUCCUCCUCGCAAUCUGGCACCAUCACUGGUCCUUUGUGUUUGACGAUGCUCCUUUCCUGAGUACAUCAGUCCUUGUCACUGCUGCUUCUCUUGUCACCCGUUUUCAUGCAGAACUAUCCCUGACUCUUUCAGACUAGCUACUCACUCAUUUUACAUAUAAUUUAAAAACCCAAAAACACAUAGAAAAUAUAAAACCCAAAAACAGGAUUGUGACUUCCUCUUCCUCUUAGAAUUGUUAAGCUCAAUAAAAUUUCUGAGACCUAGCCUCCUUAC